AAAAUAAAUUUAAUAAAAAAAAAAAGAUUGGUUAGUGUAAGACUGAGGGAGUAGAGAGUUACAAUCAUCGCCUCCAAUCGAUGUCAAUUUAUAAUAAUUACAUUCACUUAAUCUGUCUCUUUGCCUUAAAACACAGAACAUGGAAAACUUCUAUAAAAAAAUUGCGGAAAAACAAAACAGGGUCAAAGUGAUACAUUUUGGACAAAACAACAGAAGAAACGGAGAGAGAAUGUCUGACCCACGUUCUCUGUUUUACGCGAGUGGGAACGUGUUAUUUAAAGGUUUCACUAUGCGACAAAGUAGUGAUUUGUCAGUAUGUGGACCAAGAACUGGCGCUCCCUGGCACGCGCCUCCAUGGCUGCGUGGAAGUGUGCAGCAACUAAUGUACAUCUUCUGCUGGCCAGGGGGCCAGGUGCCAGGGGGCCAGGUGCCAGGGGCAGCUGGUUUUAUGCUCUGAUCUCACUCGCUCACGUUACUGACAACUACUGUGGGCUUUGGUCGUAACACAGCAAGACAGUCAGUCAGUCAGUCAGUCAGCAGGACUUUGACUUGAAGAGGACAUCGAGACAUCAAGUGAAUAGUUACUUGAUCAGUUUCAGAGUUGAUUUUAGUACCAUCAAUUAGGGUUUCUAGGGAAUGUAGUACUUCAGUAUUGAAACUGUCAAAUUCUCUGGGUUAAUUCUUCUGAUUGGGAAGUGGGAAAAUGAAUCUCAAGAAUGGAU